GUAGGCGGAGUCUCUGGAUGCGCCUCACUGGUUGCCUAGCGACCGAAACCGAGAGAUGCGGGCUCAUGGCGAGUCUAUGUAAAUAACCAAACGGUCCAAAUCGGGCGCAAACUUCUGUGGUUCUGUAGCAGCUCCCAUUGGUACCGCCCAAGCAAAUUGGAGAUCAAAGAGAAACUCUGGAUAUUUAAUUAAGAAACCUCGGACUGUUGGCUGAGCUGUCAGUCUUUCACAAAGGAUCCUAAAAUAGUGGAUUCGGUGCAUCACUACGUAAGGUGGCGCAAGGUCCGGAGCAGAGUGACCUCCUUGUGAAGUUUAUGGCAGCCAGUGGGGUCGCUGUAGUGCCGCAGACAGCGAGUCGCAUCGUAGCCCUCAUUGUGCACAGAUUUGAGUGCAAUCUCCGUCCCGUUACGCAAAGUUCCCUUGUGGACAAAUUUCGUGAAUCUGGAGCCCACAUACUGGAGGCCAGUUACAUAGGUGAGAUCCUUGCAGCCUAAAGCCCCUGUCCGACCCAUUAUAUCCCUGGGCAGCAGCUCAUCUGCCCUCCCUGGGGGGAUCCCAUCAUCCCCCGACCCCCCCAGAAGAGAAGUGAGCAAGAGGAGCAGAUCUCCACGACUCUCCAGGAUUUCCCUGUGCAGCUCGGCCUCAAGCUAUUUGUGCCUCCCAUUGUGGGUCAAAACUGUCAGAAACUGGACGUUACCAGUUUUUAAAAGAGACCAAUUCUUCUAGGACCUGGGAAACCGGCAUGCCACAGCUGCAUUGCUUAUAACUUGCGGUUUUGGCAGAAGUCGGGUUAGGCGGAAGAUGCAGAGCUGCAGAGGUUAUGGCAUUGCCUGAGAUGUUGAGCACUUCCAUGUCUAGCAGCCUCCCUACAACCAUCUCUAGAGAAUCAGUGACAGAAAAGGAUUAUUUUUUGCAGAAUGCAUCGCAUAUUGGGAUUGAGAAGGGAGUUGUGGCAAUUCGUAUCCAACGAGCAUGGAGGUGCUACAAUAACAGAAAGCUUUUUAAACUUCUGAAACACACAGUCCGUGCUGCAGAAACAAGUGCAUCUUACAGUAUUUUGAGGAAAAUCAGUCCCUUGGAAGCAGAGCUGCUAAGAGAUCCUGGCAUGCAGUGUAAAGUUAGAUUCAGAUUUGCUGGGCAGGAGUUUCCACCUUUUAUUGUCUUUAAGAUCUUCCACCGCUCAGGUGCCUUUGGGAACCGAUACAUAUGUGGCAAGCGAAUUCUUCAUCCAUCCAGUGAGGCUGCAGCUGACGCCUGCAAGUUGAUGGGCCCCAGAGCAUAUUAUGAUCAAAUAAUUUACGAUGAACUGGAGUACCAGAAACAUAAAAUCACAGAUAUGGUGGACGUGGCUACUGUUAAAGACUAUGUUAAAUACAAAAGUCACCUUGACGAGACUCCAGCAUAUCUCGGAGGCCGUGAUAACUGCUGGAGAAGACUGUCGCUGAAAAAUAUGCCCAGGACGACAAUUAUGUAUGAUAUAGUGGAAUACGCAGAGUCUGGGGCCCUGUCAGAGAGACUGAAAGGAGAACUGAAAUUACUUUUGCAGGUGCCUGGUACUGAAGAUCUGCAAAUGCAGCAGCUUAGCGCAAUCACACAGUCCAGAUCUCCUGUCCCACCACCAUCACCAGUGUCUUCUUCCAACAAAACACCCCAGCGUCCAUCAUUUCUGUGGCACUCAGCACGACGUUCUCACAAGGCUCGGCUGAAGGCAGUAAAAAUGAAGAGACUAUACAGCAUUAGAAAUGAAACCAAUGAAACCAUGGACGACACUACAGAAGAGAACAGGCACCAGUUCUCAGAAAGAGUUGCUGCUGGGGAUGAAGUGCAUAUUUCAGACGAAGACUGGGAUGAAGAGGCAGAGAAACUUUAUAGAUGGAGCCAAGGACUGUCUCUGGACGAGAGUGUAAUGCCAUCACCUUUACUCCAUUAACUUUAUUUUAACUGCACAACAAGCUACUUAGUUUGAUUUCCUGGAGAACAGAUUGCUUCCCACUGGCAACAGUAUGAGAUGCAGAAAUAUUAUUUGCCCGUUGACAUCAAUGGUUGUUUAGGGG